AGUUAUCGAGGUGAUGAACAUCUGAAUUGAGGCCACAAAAGCAAAAUUUUUACAAUAAGUUUAUAUAUAUUUUUAUAUAUAUAUAUAUAUAUUCUUGUUUGGUAACCAUGCGUUUGAACCUUGUUUAUGCUUUUAUUUGGUAAUAGAGCUUGAGAUCUAUGAAAUUCCUUGUUUUUUUUUUUUUUUUUUUUUUUGGGUGACUAUCCAGUAUUAAGCAAUACUGGGUGCUGGCUAACUAUUGCCUUUAGCUUCAUAUUGAGUCUUUGAGACUCUGGUUUUAUAUGCAUUCCUGUCGUGCCAUUGUUUUCAUUUCUUCAUUUGGUAUAGUAGAUGGUUUUCUGAAGAGAUUGUUUUCAUUUCUUCUUUUGAUAUAAUAGAUGGUUUUCUGAAGAGAUAUCGUGUAAUUUUAAUUUUACUUUUAUUCUUGAGGCAAGUAUCCAUCACAAGCAGUUUAAGAUAAUUCCUGAUUUUUUUUUUCCCUUUUUUUUACCAAUAUUAACAAAGGGUCUAUAAAAAUAUAAGAAAAUUUAACUUAUGCUUGAAGUAUCAAAAUUACUGGUUCCAUUUGAGCUCUAUUACCCUUCAAUCCACUAUUCAUUUUGGUUUCUCUUGUAGGAUAUCUUUGUCUACAUUCAUAUAUGAUUCCAAUUUGGCGUUGAAGGAAUAAGGAAUGUCUCUGGAGGCCUUCUUAGAUUCCAGCCAUGAAUUGGCAGCUCAUUCUAUGGCACCAAGUGGAGGCUUUGUUCAGUCCUCAAGCUCUGAUAACUUGCUUCAGAAGCGUGGACAAUUCCAAGCUGUUAUAGCUUCUCUCUUAGAUGCCUCUUCUGGAAACUUGUCAAGUUCAACACCCAGAACUGCAAGUUCUUCAGUCAUGGAUGCUAACUUUAUAUUUCCAAAGAUUCCUUACUCUCACAGAAGUUCCAAUACCACCAUCGAAUCCAACAUUAAUGUUCCUACUCUGUCUUCAUCUUCACUCCUAAAUGGUUCCUCCAUAGCUCAGCACACCUUCAAUGUACCCCAAAACAGGUCCGAGAUGCUUAAAAACAAACAAGUAGAAGAUGUUUUUUCUGUUAUGACUUCUCAAGAAUCACAGAAGCACUACAAUUCACUUGUUAUUGGGGUAAAACAAGAGCCCAUUGAUUCAACUCAGAGGCAUAAGAAACCCAGAUUAGACAUUAAAGAAGAGGCUCUUCAGAACCAGUAUAGCAUUCAACAGCUUCUGCAGAGUCAGAACUCUAUGCAGUUACAGAGAUAUACCCCUCAGCUCCAGGCAUUGUUUCACAACCAUAUGUCCUGGAACCAGAACCACCCAAAGUUGCAGGGAGUUCACAUGCAACCACAGCAACAACCAAUGAAGAACCAACAGCAAUAUCUGGGGGUGAAUAGUGCAACUAGUACUGCUUUGCAACCAUCAGAUGAAGGUGCAUGUUCACGCCGGCUAAUGCAGUACAUAUUUCAUCUUAGACAUCGACCACCUGACAAUGGUAUGGCGUAUUGGAGGGAAUUUGUUGCGGAGUAUUAUGCUCCGUGUGCAAAGAGAAGGUGGUGCGUGUCUUUGUAUGAUAAAGCGGAACAUCAAGACAACAGUUUCUUCUCCCAUGCAGCCAUGGAUGGUUGGCAAUGUGAAAUAUGCGGUUGUAGAUCAGGGAAAGGGUUUGAGGCUGUUUAUGAAGUUCUGCCUAGGCUCAGUAAAUUGACAUUUGAGACUGGUGUGAUCGAUGAACUCUUGUUUCUUGAUUGCCCUCGUGGGUAUAGAUUCCCUUCAGGAUUAAUGAUGCUGGAAUAUGGAAAGGCAGUUCAAGAGAGUGUUUAUGAGCAACUUCGUGUUGUUCAUGAGGGUCAACUUCGCGUAGUUUUCAAUCAGGAUUUCAAGAUAUUGUCCUGGGAAUUUUGUGCACGCUGUCAUGAAGUAUACCAUCCUCGUAGCUUGGUUGAAUCACAGGUUAAUCAGUUUGUUAAUGCUGCCCAAAAAUACGAAAGCUCCAUUGAUAAUAGUGGGUCUGGUGAGGUUUCACCACAGGAUUUACGAGCAAAUCGCAAUCUGGUCCAGGAAGCUGGUUUUUGGCUUGCAAAAGCUUUGGAUUUGCAGUUGGUUGAUGAUUUUGGAUUUUCAAAGAGAUACACUCGUUCCUUGCAGGUGGCUGAUAUUGCCAACACUAUGACAGAUUUAAUGACUUUCUGCAAGGAUAAUCACACUGGUCCAAUCGAGAGCUUCAAAAAUUACACAACCAAGCUUCAGGCAGCAGGGGAAUCAGGAGAAAAUAAGCAGCUAGAAAGAGCUCAAGAUCUGCCACUGAAUGAGAUGGCUACAUCUCAUGGUGUUGGUGCUAACGCAAAUGAUAUCUCAAACACGUCCAAUCCACUUGCAACUGGUUUAGAACAGGCGGCUUCUGCACUGCCUGGUUACUUCCACAAAUUGAUGACACAAAACAUAGUGACCUCCAUCCCGAGCCCAGCGAAACAGGAAACUCAUACGCCUAACCAAGAACCAUCUUCUAAAUCAUUUCAUGGACCCAAAACCACAUAUUCAAAAAUGGCUAAAAACUUGCUGGUCAAUGGCUUGUCAAGUUCUUUGGAAUGCAGUGGUCAGAUUACACAGAACUGCAUGAUCCACAAAAUACUGCAGGAGAUGAAGAACAUGAGAGCAAUAAAUGAGGAUGAGGUGGAAGUUCCGAUCAUAGCCCGGGGGAAUAGAUGUUAAUAGCAAAGAAGCUGCAAUUGCCCCUGCAAACUUUUUGGGAAGAAUUACAUGGUAGGCUAACAACCUGAGGGCUAGCUUUAGCUUUUGGCAUGAACUAGUGCAAGUCCCUACUUUAUAAAUGCAGAAUCAGAUUUGUCUGAAAUCCUCUCAUCUACUUUUGAAUUUAAGCAGUGGUCAUCAAGAAAGGUAGUAGAAUUUUUGCUUAUGACAUAAACAAUUAAAAAAAAAAAAAAAAGCCAUGAAUAGCCCUUCAGUUUGCAUUUUUGGGUUAGGCCAGUUUGUGCAGUGGUAGGUGCAUAUACAUGUUAUAAAAGGGUCUUUUUGCCAAUAUGAAGGUUUAUAGCAUUAUUAUAUACAACAAUGUUAAUUUUAUUUUUGUUCAAUUGAAAAAAUCUUUAUGCA